GUUGCCCGUCGUUGCACGGAGAGGGGAAACAUGGCGAGUAAAGGCAGUAAACAGAGUCGGUCCGGCUCCGGACUUCCUGGCAAAAAAGGGGGCUGUGAACAACAAGAAGAAGAAGAGCCGCAGUUGCAGGCGGUUUUAGUGGCUGACAGCUUUAACCGGAGGUUCUUUCCCGUCACCAAAGACCUGCCGCGGGCUCUUCUGCCACUGGGUAAUGUUGCCAUGAUCGACUACACGCUAGAGUUCCUGACCUCGACCGGAGUGAAGGAAACGUUUGUCUUCUGCUGCUGGAUGGCCAGCAAGAUCAAGGAACAUUUACUCAAGUCCAAGUGGUGUCGACCAAUGUCUCCCAACACAGUCCACAUCAUCACCUCAGAAACGUACCGGUCUUUAGGAGAUGUACUCCGAGAUGUCGAUACCAAGUCUCUGGUUCGCUCAGAUUUCUUGUUGGUUUAUGGCGACGUGGUGUCAAAUAUUGACAUCAGUGAAGCCCUGCAGGAGCACAGGCUCCGUCGGAAGUUGGACAAAAAUGUGUCAGUGAUGACGAUGCUGUUCAAAGAAUCCUCACCAGGUCAUAAAUCAAGAUGUCAAGAAGAUGAUGUCGUUGUUGCCACUGACAGCAAUAAUCAGCGUAUCCUUCACUACCAGAAAACUCAGGGGUUGAAGAAGAUGAAGUUUCCUGUGAAUAUAUUCCACAGUGGAAGUGAAGAGUUUGAAAUCAGGCACGACCUCCUGGACUGCCAUAUAAGCAUCUGCUCACCACAGGUUGCAGAACUCUUCAAGGACAAUUUUGAUUUCCAAACCAGAGACGACUUUGUGAGAGGCAUUCUGGUUAGCGAUGAGAUCCUGGGGAAUCAGAUCCACUUGCACGUGACCAGGGACGGCUACGGUGUACGGGUGUCCAACCUGCUGAUGUAUGACACGGUGUCGUCGGACCUGGUGCGGCGCUGGGUAUACCCCAUCACCCCGGAGUCUAACUUCGCUGACCAGGCCGGUCAAAGUUGCACGUUCUCUCGCCACAACGUAUACCGAGGGACCGGGGUCAGCUUGGGUCACGGCAGUCAGAUGGAGGAGAACGUUCUGAUCGGCCGCGACACCAGCAUCGGGGCCAAUUGUUUCAUCUCCAACAGUGUCAUUGGUAACAACUGCACCAUCGGUGACAAUGUGGUCCUGGACCACGCCUACAUCUGGAACGAUGUACACAUUGCCAGUGGUGUGACCAUCAGCCAGUCUGUCGUCUGCGACAAGGUCCAGGUCAAAGAGGGAGUGAAGCUCAAUAAACAGUGUGUCCUGGCCUUCAAUGUUGUGAUCGGCCCAAACAUCUCUCUGCCGGAAGGAACUGUGGUGUCCAUGCACAAUCCAGAGGAGGAGGAAGACGAGGACGACGAAGAGUUCCUCAGUGACGAUGGUGUGGUGGACCAGAGCAAAGACAAAGCCAAACAGAGAGUGUUUAACCCAGCCGAGGUGGGAGCUGGAGGUCAGGGCUACCUCUGGAAGGUCAGCAGCCUGGAUGACACUGAAGAAGAGGAGCUGAUGCAGUGCCUCUGGGGUUUGGAUCUGAAUCCUGAUCCGGAGAGCGAGAGUGAAGACAGUGAGCCAGAUGGCCCCGAUGAUCCUGUGAUCCCGUCCCCUGAGAUGGACGAUGUGGAGACCUUCCACGCUGAGGUGCUGGCCACUUUACAGAGAGGCCUGGAAGAGAACAUCACCUGCGACAACCUGGUCCUGGAGAUCAACUCUGUCAAGUACGCCUACAACAUCUCACUGAAGGAGGUGAUGCAGAUCUUAACCAAGGUCAUGCUGGAGUUCCCCUUCCUGCAGCAGGGUCCACAGAUCACCACCUCACAAUAUGUGGCGCUUCUUUUACCGCUCCUGAAGCGAUGGGCUCCCGUCUUUAAGAACUAUGUGAAGCGAGCGCAGGACCAUCUGGACUGUCUGUCUGCUUUUGAGGAGCACUUCCUGGAGCAGGAGAACCAUUGGGCAGCAAUGGUCAAGAUUCUAAUGGAGAUGUACCAGCUGGAGAUCCUGGAGGAGGAGAUGAUCCUCCGCUGGUUCUCACAGGGAGCUUCAACUGACAAGAGCAGGCGACUACGCAAGAACCAAGGGCUCCAGAAAUUCGUCCAGUGGCUGGAGGAGGCUGAGGAGUCUUCAGAGGAGGAGGCAGAGUGAAGGGCGUGUUGAAGACUAGCUGCACACAGCAACACUUCCUACUGGAAACAAGCUCCAUAUUUAAAGCUGAAUAGUCUUUUUUUUUUAAACCACCAUCAACCUUCACACCCAGAUGAACAAGUUUAAGACGUAGCAGCAGUCACACUCAUGGACUCCUCAGUAGCUUAGUCAACAGAAUAAAAAAAAAAUACUUGAGUGAAGACCUUCGGUUAUGUUCCACUUAACAGGAUGCAAAAAUAAAUG